AAAAGAAAAUGAAUUGCUAUAAGUUAACAUUCUAGUGAUUUAAUUUCUGAUUCAUGUCAAAGUGUAAAUGUCUCCCUCAAUGUCUAUGAUGAUCACGGCCCUGUAAUAAGCUACAUAACCAAUUCUGCAUUCUGGCUUAGUCAGUUGGUCAUCACAGCAAUAACACUCCUUGUUCUUGUGCAUGGAGGAGAAGCCUGUUAUUCAAUCACUGUAACUGUGUUCAUUCACACACCCUUUUCCGCCACCUCGUUCCCGCCAUGUGUCUCCAUGUCUCUCUCACACCCACUCGCUUUCUUACUCCUUGUCUUUCUCGCUCUUACUCUCCCCCUCCCAUCUCUCUCUGUCUUUCUCCCCUCCUCACCCUCCUCCCCCUCACUCACUUCACAGAAGUACACCCACUCAAACACAAACAUUCAUAUCCUCUGUGUCGUUUGGUGGCUUUCAUUCAUGCUUUAGCAGUGUGAGGUGGCAGAACUCCUCAGGUAAUGGACGGCACUACCUCCCGUCUAUCCGACCGUACGCUCUGUUCUGUUUGGAAAAUGAACGCUAACUGGAAUUACUAGACAUAAGGAGAUCAGCUUUCAGAGGCCAGUGAAGUUCUAACAUGUGAAAAGCUGAAGAUGGGAGACAAAUAGGUCUUAAAGAAUUAUUCAAUGUCAACAGAGAAAGUGCCUCAAAAGCGUCUCGAGACAUUCUUUGUCAAGCCCCAUUGCCAGGCAUCAGCCCAAAAGACACAAAGAUGAAUUUCACCAAGGCUAUUUGUGAACAGGAGAGGCGACAUUUAACACACAACCAGCAUUCACAUAUAUGGCGGCUGCAUACUGACACUGUUUAAUUAUGCCUUUCUCAGUUAAGACACCAUCCGGUAUCUUAUAUUAAUUAUGGCAUAAUACAAUUAGCCCCCUAAAGCGAGCGUAAAGACUUUUUCCUAUCGGAAGAGUAUAGAUGCAAUGAUGUUUAUCGGAUUGGUGCUCAAAGCAGCACUCCCAUUGCGUUCUUGAGGCCUCCUCCCCACAUCCUAUGGAGGCGGAGGAAAAGCAGUCAGCCGAUGGGGAGCGGUCUGGUGGGCAACAGCAGCCAUCAGAGUCUUUGUUAGCAGCACAGCUGCCUCAGUUACAGCAACAAGCUACCUCGCAAUCUGUCCAUGGAUCACAUGGCCGCCUUCAACACAGGCAGCCAAAACGCUUUGAAAUGCUCCAAAGGCAGAAGCAGCAGCAACAGUCACAGGUGGGUGGGUCAUCUUGGCAGCUUUCAGAAGUACCUGGUCCUUCAAGAGGCAGCUGUUCUGCCCUGGGAAAUCCAUCUCCCCAAAUUCAUAAUGUUAAGCAAACUCAGUCUCUGCCCAAUGUGGAAUUACAGGAAGGCACCCCAUGUAGACGAGAACGUAAACCCCAAAAACCAGGGAAAUAUGUGUGCACAUACUGCGGCCGUCCUUGUGCUAAGCCUAGCGUCCUCCAAAAACACAUCCGAUCUCACACUGGAGAGAGACCUUAUCCAUGUGUCCCAUGUGGCUUCUCCUUCAAGACCAAAAGCAACCUGUACAAACACCGCAAAUCCCAUGCGCAUCGAAUAAAAGCAGGCAUGGCCUCAAGUCGUGAAGAGACCAGUUUCAUCGGGCCGGAAGGUGGAGCCUUGGGAGAUGAUCAAGAGGAGGGUACGGAAGGAGAGAGUUCAGGUUCUGAGGAUGAGACGGGGCAACACCAACCAUCUACCUCACAGGGCAGGCCAACUCUGAAAAAAAGCAGUAAAGUGGAAUUGUCAUUUAUAGAGGAGGGUCCCCAAACAGAGGAUUCACAGGCAGUCAAGCAAAGGUUAGCAAUGAGGCUAAGUGAGAGGAAGCGAGCUCCCAGAGCAUCUUCAGAUGAAACCCGAUCCUCACUGGGUCCCGGCAGCAAGGGAAGCACAGAAUCUGGCUACUUUUCCAGUUCUGGGAGUGCUGAGCUCUCUCAAGUGAGCCCACCAAAUGCCAGUGCUAAAACGUAUGCUGAGAUAAUUCUAGGAAAAUAUGGACGCCUAGGACAACAGCAACGAAUUUCACAUCAACAACUGCAAUUAUCAUCAUCUUCAGGCCAACAGGAAAAAUCAAUCCCUUUCACUGUUCCUAAGACACAAGUCAUUGAGCAUAUAACUAAGCUAAUUACUAUAAAUGAAGCCGUGGUGGAUACAAGUGAAAUUGAUAGUGUCAAACCAAGACGUUCCUCACUCUCUAGAAGAAGUAGCAUAGAGUCUGUAAAAUUCUCUUCACCCAAAGAACCCUGUGUUUUUGAACCAAAAGCGGAUGCCCCAGGCUCUUGUGGCUCCGCUGUUCAACUUAUUCCUGGUAGUUUUGCAAGUGAAUUACCUGGCUCAUACUUGGCUGAAACAGAAACACUGACUGGUCAGAGCUCCAGUGCUCUUCUUUAUAGGAGUCAAUCAGUGCCAUCUUCUCGUAAUACUUCAGAUACAGCUUCACACGGCUUUCGUCUAAGUCAUUCUUUUGAUGAUCAGCAGGCCAUAGCAGCUGAAAUGAGGAUUGGGCCACAUCAACGAAUGUUACGACGCCAACCUGCUAUUGAGGUGCCAGUUGGAGUGGACCUCAUUAAUGAGGAUGCAGGUCCUUCUACUUUGAAAGAAAUAGAAUCAGGAAAGAAGCAAGACAAGGAAUUGCACCUUUAUGAGUGUGAAAUUUGUGGGACUCGCUUGAAUAAGCAGUACUCUUACACUGCACACAGACUAGCGUGUAUGAGUAAAUCUCCUCAUGGUCUGAAAAGUGAGGGAGGCAGUUCUUUUAUUGAGAAUCAACCACAGAUUAUGAGCUACAAGUUCAAAGCAAUGGCCAUGGCUGUGCGCAAGAGGAAAAAAAAAGAAGAAAGUCUUGAAGAAGACCCUCCCAGUCCAGGUCCAACAGCAGUGUCUUUCAGCACCCAGCCUCCAUCAAUGCUAGGCAGUAUUGAUAAUCAGGGCACACCGCAUGGCCUUUCACAAAGUGAGGUAGAAAAAAGGAGUUCCUGGAAAGAAAUUUCUGUUAUCCAGCAUACCAGAUCCUUUGAAAAACAGGAAAGCAUCUCUAUGGCAAGUCAGGAAGCAGAGCCAGAACACGAGCCAUCACAGGAGCCAAAACCAAUCUCCACAUCCCGGUUAAUCCGUCAACCCAACAUUCAAGUGCCAGAAAUUCUGGUUACAGAGGAGCCAGAUACCGAGAUGGUCUCUCAUCCAGCGAAUACUUACACCUCUAAAGAGUCAGAGAAGGUGGAGGAAUUCCAGUGGCCUCAGCGUAGCCAAAGUCUGGCUCAGCUCCCUGCAGAGAAGCUACCGCCAAAGAAGAAGCGUCUCCGUUUGGCUGAGGCAGCCCAAUCAUCAGGAGAAUCUAGCUUUGAGUCAGUAUCCUUGCCACACAGCCCAAGCCAAGAGAGCAAUGUUUCCCAUGCCUCCAGUCGAUCUGCAUCCUUUGAGGAAUCCGGAAGGCCAGACUCUGAGAUGCAAAGUGGUACCUGGAGCUCCCAAGGCUCUCACAUGCUGACUGUUCCAUCAAGUCUCCAUCAGCACCAUCAUUCUCACAGAGAGAUGCGCCGCUCAACCUCUGAACAGGCAACUGCAAGUCCUCCACACCCUGCACAUGUAGAGGAAACGAGAAGUAAGUCAUUUGACUAUGGCUCCCUCUCUCAAGAGCGCGCUUCUGCUACUUGGAAGGAGAGGAGGAAAUGUCUCUUGGUGAAGCACGGAACCCUUGGUGAACCUGAUCAGGAGGAGCCAUGUACUAAACCUGGCAUCUCAGCUGUUUGCCAGUCCUACCUAGGUCAUCCUCCAUUCACAUACACAGAGCAUAGAAUGGGAGGCAGGGCCUCAAGGAUUAGCUCAGAGCAUAUAGGGAAGACCUUGCAGCUCUUCCAAUCUCCUCUUUCACUCCCACCAGCAGUUUUCCCCCUACAAGAAGCAAACCCUGAUUUUUAUUCCCCAAGUCAGCUGUCUAGAUUCCUUCCAGUCACAACAGCAGUCGUUUCUACCCAGAUGUUUCCGCAAGCCUUCCUUCACAGUGAGCCACCUCCGCCACAUCCAAGACCCAUUGAAUAUGUAGAGCGCCUGGGAUUACCCCUUCAGCCACUCACCACUUUAUUCCCGCUACAAUCAAGUGAUGUUGCUCAGGCUGUUUGCUGUCCCAUGCCAGGUGAUCUGACUAUUCAGGUCCCCUCAGGGCCUCUUUUCAGUGAGUCUAGGUCAUCUCCUUCCUCCUUGCAUACUCUCGGUCAUUCACAACAGCAGCUAGUUGUCCGCCACAACCCCCAUCCCGUGAUUGCCCCUUGCCUUCAACAGCUUAUGCCAGUGGUGUCUCUUGUAGUGCCUGUGCGCUUACAGACUCACAUUCCUACCUAUGCUAGUGCCAUGUAUACAACCAUCUCACAAAUUUUAGCCACAACACAACAUCCAGUCUGCUGCACAGCUAUGGUAAUCAUGGGUAAGCUGGAGGAAGACAAGCUUCAGAGAUCUUACCUUAGGCUGCCCUCACCUAGCCCCAAGAGCUAUAUUCCCUUGCCGCUCCCACUCGAGCAUGGAGCAGGUGCUUCAUCUGAUGACAGCUGUGGGCAGCUCGGUGCUGGAGGAAGUAAGCGAAUGCUGUCACCUGCAGGUAGUCUAGAACUCAGUUUAGAGGCACAACGGCAUCAAAAACGGGUGAAAGAGGAGGAGGAGGAGAAAGAAGAGGGUGACCAGGAAGAUAACAAAUGUGACAAUAAAUCUCAGGAGGUGAGUCAGGGAAAAAUUAAGCAGAGGCUAACAGUGGAGACAGCGGGGAGGGCCAAAGAUCCAAGAGAAGUAAUAGAACCUGAAAAGUUAAGCAAGCAAGACGUAACCCAACACAAAUCUGAGACCUUAAAGGAGGAGGGAAGGAAAGAGGCAGGACAUCGGUAUGCUCCAAGGGUAACAAGUCCAGAGAGAACUGUGGACCCGUCAUACCCCAGUUUGCAUACCACUACAGCCGUCAGCUGGUGCUACUUGAAUUACACAAAGCCCAACCCCUCUACACAUAGAGAUUCAACUUCUGUCUAUUCCUCGUGGAGUGUUAGCAUGCAUAACCCCAAUAUACCUGGAUUGUCCACCAAAAUAUUAAUGUCCCUGCUGCGCUCCAAACAAAAACAUAGUGCUGAGACAUACACUAUGGCUACAGCUCCACCACCAAUGACUGACAAGUUGGUUCCUACAGACAGCAAGACGACCAGUGCGUCAGAGGUACGUGCUUCUCUGCCCAACUCACCCGUCAAAGUAAAAGAGGAACCACCAAAUGAACAAGGUGAUAAAGAGAAGAGUGCUGAUGACGUGCCCGCUACUUCGACGCAAAGUGAGACGGCGCGUAUUUGCAUUUUUGAGGGCGGGUAUAAGUCAAAUGAGGACUAUGUAUAUGUUCGGGGUCGGGGGAGAGGAAAAUAUGUGUGUGGUGAAUGUGGGAUUCGCUGCAAGAAGCCCAGCAUGCUAAAAAAGCACAUUCGCACUCAUACAGACGUCCGUCCUUACGUCUGUAAGCACUGCAACUUCGCCUUUAAAACCAAAGGGAACCUUACCAAACACAUGAAGUCUAAGGCCCACGGCAAGAAAUGCCUGGAGAUGGGUGUGUCAGAGUCAUCUGUGGAUGAGCUGGAGUCUGAGGAAGCAGGGGGCAGUGAGGAGCGAGUGUGUGAGUCAGAAGAACAGGAGGGGCACCAGUUCUCUGAUGUUGAAGAUUCUGAAGCAGAUGAUGAUGAGGAUGAGGAAGAAGACUUCUCUUCCCACGAUGAACCAUCUUCAGCCUGCUCCACUGAUACUCGUCAAUCCACAGGUGACCUCUCUGAAAGUGGCCAAGGCUCACAGACUGAGCACUCUGACCCUACAGCCAAAGAGGAAUACUCCUCACCCCACAGACCGUGGCCUGGCAUCCGAGCCGCGUCUCCAGGCAGCAAGAGGGCGUCGUUUUCCCGCAAGGGCUGGGAGGUUUCCCCGAGGACCUUCUCCCCUAGCAGUGAAGGCUCUCCCCUUAGAAGCCUGUCUCCAAGGCUUGAAUUGUCUUCACCCAGCAGUCAUCUCUCUCCUUCCCCAGAGAGGGGCCCGUCACCCAUCAGAGGCCUCUCCCCUCUCAGGCCUCUCUCACCUCUGAGACCUGUAUCCCCGGCACGAUACAGGAGCGCAAGAGCUGUCUCUUCUCAUACGCCCCUAAAGCCCCAGCAUCGGCCGCACAGCUCACCCGCAGGGCUUCACUGGGAGCCUAGCACACCAGCUAAUGAGGGUCAAAAGGACAAGCCUGGUACUCAGCCAACUCUACAGGAGCGUAUGCCCCCGGAUCCCUGCCUGCUUUCCCCAUCCCUACGCUUCUCUCCAAGCGAGUCUUUCCCUCCGAGUCCUGUGACGCCACGGACAGUGGACCGCAUGUUCAGCCACCUACCUUUACACUCCCAAGAUCAAGCCCGCAUGCCCUAUCACAUGAUUCCCAUUGGGGGCAUCCAAAUGGUGCAGCUCAGACCCCGAUCACGCCCCAAACUGGAACGACAGUCAUCUUCCACCCCUUCGCCCACCUCUCCCAAAGAGGACUCCCCUUUUUCCCUCACCAGGAGGGAUUAUCCAUGGAUCUCGCUUCCAGAAACCAGUCCGCAAAGAACUCUGGUGAACAGGACAAAAAGCCAAGAUGAGGGAGCCAGCCGGUCUGACCUGUCUUGUCCCAGUACAAGCUCGACGUUACCCAAACUCCCCCCUUCACAACAAGGUGGAGGGGAGCAACGAACUGCAAAGGUCAGAAAGCAAUAUGGCGACUCGAGCUCCGCCACAAAGACUCGCACCUUCGGUCCCGAAACAUCCAGGAAAGCAGCGGCAGACAGCGAUGAAGGAGCCGAGAGGAUCUCGCAGGGGGAAGCAGCGAGUUCCUCACGUGAAACCAGACAGCUGCAUGAGACAGAAAAGCCUGUAGCGGCGCCACUCAGGGGACGUGGCUCUUUUUCAGAAGGAUGUUCAGGAUCUGGCAGUGCUCCUCAGAGCCAGGAAGGUGAUCCAGAUAGCACUUAAAAGCCUCUGUGCACAAUGGUGAAAUGCUUUCUACUGCUAAUACUACUAUUGUUUUGUUUUGUAAUGCGCUUAUUUUUUAUAUACAAAAUUUUCAAUACUAUUGGUAACUUGGUAAAUGUUUGUUCUGCAAUAUUCAAGAUUGUAAUAUGAUGCACUUUUUUUUCUUGGAAAAAAUAUUUCUGUAAAUCGAUUGCGUCUGUCCCUUCUGUAUCUUUACUGACAUUGCAAUCUUAAUAUAUCUAUUUGAAUAUGUAUAUGUAAAAAAAGAAAAAAACUUGUACUUGCAAAACAUUAAGAAUGGGUAUGAAUACAUUUCUAAAUGACCAAGAUGAAAACUUAAAUCGAGAGUAAUUCCAAUAUUUCGUCUCUUGUCCAGUAUUGCGCAAAUUCUAGUGAUGUGUGCCUUUUUCUGUCCAGAUUUACCGCUUGAAGUGUCAAAGAUAAAAGGCUGUGAAUUCUUUUUAUGAAUAUAGAUUUUUUUUGUUUCAACUGAGCUGGUAUUUGAAGAAACGAAAGGAUUUUCUUUAUAAGUUGGAGUAAACGAGACAGGCGUUGCUGUUGAAUAGACAAGAAACAAAGGUUUCGGCGGCGAGCCUUGCAGGGAAAUUGCACUGAAGUCAUAUUUUUUAUAAUAAUAAAGUGAUUAAAUGAUUAGAUAAAUCGUCUCUGUACAGAUAGAAAGUCUAUGGUCCAUAUUUAUUGCCAUGUAAAAAUAUGAAAAUGCCUAUGUUUUGUUUACUUUGGUUUUCAAAGGGAUUUCUAUUGUCAUUUUUAUUAUUCUUUACACUUUUUGUUAAUAGUUAGUUUUUUAGUUAUGACCUCAAGACUUGAAAUGAAGAAACUGGACAGGCUUUCAGUGAAGUCGGUCAAUAGCCGAAGUUCUGGGUGGAUCAAAUGCCCUCCAAAUUUGUCAGACAUUUUGCAUUUCUGAACCAAUAAAGGUACACCAGGAAUUACUAAACCUGCUUCUGAUGGUGUCCAGUG